CCUCACCAGGACUGGAGCAAUACCGGGACCACGUUCUGGGUUUCUUUUCUUGGCUGCUGCCUUGGGGCAAUCUGAAUUAAUUCUGCUGGACCUCAAUGGGUCUGGGGAGUUUGAAGGGCUGUGGAUGGGGCUUGCAGGCACUACCAUGGUGCAAAACCCUGCCAGGCUGCUGCACCAGCCCCGUGUACCAAAGAGAAGCCCAAAUGAUCGGGAUAACGCUGCUCAUCAGUGCUGAAAACCCGGACAGGCAUCCUUAGGGGCCACAAAAACCUUCUGCCUUUAAAAUACCCUUGCAGGGAGCGCUCAGCUACCUGGAGGAGCGGGGGAAACGUGUCCACGUGAUCCUGCAAAGCCCCACCACUGACGACAGCCCCCGUUUUCAGGUGACUCUCACCGGGUCGUCGGGUUCAGAGGUCUUUUUUGCCCCCCUUUUCCUCUUUCUGAAUGGGGAGAGGCACCGCCGGCCCCGUGACGUUGCCAGCUCCCUCUGAUUUCAUUUUAAUGAAAUCAUGCCCAAACGAAGGCUCCACGUCUGGAGUUACGACUCAAACCCCGUGAUCACUCAUUUUUAUAUAUACACAAGGGAGGGGAAAAGCGUUUCCAUAGAGAGAAAAAAUAUCACAGCCCUCUUAAUAACAAUAAAAGAAAAAGCGAGGGUGCAGAAGUUCAGGGGAAGGCGCCUGAUGCCUCUCUCCUUGGAGUGAGACAGCCGAGCGAGCAGCAGCCCCUUCCCAUCCCGAGCACCGAGGACUGCCAGGCCACCGCCAUGCCCCACGCCAAGCUGCUGCUCCUCCUCGCCCUCCUCUGUGCCACCGAGACCAGCCGGGCCCUCCGCCUCUACAACGCCGCCUCCAUCUUCAGCUGCCUCAACGCGGCCCUCACUGAGGCCCAGAAGAGCCUCCCGGAAGAAAACGCCGUCUUGGACAAGCGUGGCUACGACUACCACCCAUCAGAGGAGGUGUCCAAGGAGGAGGAGGAGGAGGAGGCAGAGGAAGAAAGAGGGAAAAGGACAUUCCCGGGGGAAGGCCAUUACAAAUACACCUCCCAGGCGCAGGUGAAGGGGAAGACGUACCAGAACCGGGCCAAGAGCGACCGCCGCACCAAGGUCACCCUCUCCCUCGACGUCCCCACCAACAUCAUGAACAUCCUCUUCAACAUCGCCAAAGCCAAGAACUUGCGGGCGAAAGCCGCGGCCAACGCGCACCUCAUGGCCCAAAUCGGGCGGCGAAAGUGACCCCCGCGGGGCCGGGGGGACUCGGAGCAGAGCUGGGUGCACGGGGCCACCACCCGGCCCCGGUCUGCCGGCCACAGGGGACUGAGAGCCGUGUACGAUAGCAGUGUUGUAUAUUUUUGACCCAUAGAGCUACCUAACUUUCAUAUCUCUUCUUCCUCCUUCUCUCCUUCCCGAUCUCACCCCAAUUCCUCCUCCUGGACAUUUCCACACGUGGGGAAGAGGCUGGUGUCCGCAGCAGGGCAAGGGGACGUGUCACCUUGGGAAGCUCCCGAUUAAAGCUACAAUCUCUUGAGUUUCCAAUGCGUUGUUUUCCCGUCACCUCCCCCAGGUGCUCAUUCAGGGCCUUUCCAAAACCUCCCUCCAGCUCCACCUGGCCUAUCUCAGCCCAGGCCCUACUCUCCCCCACAUCGCCAAACACACGUCCCCGUACACAAUCAUUGCUGCAUAGGGAAGGGAAAAGCUCAGAGGACCUCAGGAGAGAUUUCCCAGUUUGU